AGGCCGGGACGCCCUGGAAGCGCCCCACUCGCCAUGAGGACGUCGCCCCUCCGUGCCGCGGCCCCGGCCCCGCGCUGGCUGCUGUUGCUGCUGCUGCUCGUCGUGGUGCUCGCUGCCGUGGCCGAGGCCUCCACCAGAGGCCUGUCCGUGCGGUGCGAGCCGCUGCCCGAGCCGGAGGACUGCCUGUACGGCCUGGCCCGCGACCACUGCGGCCGCUUCGUCUGCGCCAAGGGCCCCGGCGAGCGCUGCGGCGGGCCCAUGCACCUGACCUGUGGCGAGGGCAUGUACUGCAAGUGCGAGCGCUGCAUCGGCUGCUCCCUCAACACCUUCACCUGCUUCCUGGGCAGCGCCCUCUGCAUGUAGGAGGGAGGUGAGGUCAGCGGGCCGCCGGGCCGCACCGGGGCCAGGGCCAGGAGGCUGGAGAUGUGACACGUGGACCCGCCGCCGGUGCGUCGCAGCGCGCUUCUCUCUCCUCAAGCGACGCGGAAUGGAUUUUUGUCUUGUGAAUUUAUUAUCCUCAAAUAUGUCGAAGUCAGGAAAACGGGCUGUGAUUAUUUGUUAGAUCGUGUGAAUGUCCUCACCAUCUGUGCCAAAGACCCGAAAUGCGUUCAGAGAUUGUGGCUUAUUUGACGUAUAAUUAUUGUGAUUCGCGAUUGUUACACGCGGGUAGACUUACGAUUGGUGUCUUUUGUAAAUGGAUUUGCUCUCAGUAAAACAUGUGACUGCAGGUA